UUUUGCUAGUUGAUGCGGGCGCCAUGCAUAUGGUGUUAAGCAUGUCUUUGAAUACACAUAGUGAUGAUCAUUUCUAGCAGCACACUGCCUGUACAUAUUAUUGGUGUAUAACGGAUAUCUAAAGGGAUUUUCGUUCUGUUCUCUUACGUGUUUUUUUUUUUUUUUUUUUUUUUUUUUUUUAAUUAUUGUUUUUUAAUUUUACGGUUGUUCGGGAUUGUUCAAUCAAAGAAACGCGAAUCAGACCAGAGAGCGUAAAGGUUUUUCUUUUUUCUUCUGUCCUUCAUUUCACCAGAGUGAAAGAAACAUGGCGAGUGAUUCUCCGGCUCGCAGUCUGGAUGAAAUCGAUCUCUCCGCUCUGAGGGACCCUGCUGGCAUCUUUGAAUUGGUAGAGCUUGUUGGAAAUGGCACAUAUGGACAAGUGUAUAAGGGUCGCCAUGUCAAGACGGGCCAGCUUGCUGCCAUUAAGGUCAUGGACGUCACUGGGGAUGAAGAGGAGGAGAUCAAACAAGAAAUUAACAUGCUUAAGAAAUAUUCUCACCAUCGAAACAUUGCCACUUAUUAUGGUGCUUUCGUUAAAAAGAACCCCCCAGGAAUCGAUGACCAGCUUUGGUUGGUGAUGGAGUUCUGUGGCGCUGGUUCUGUCACAGACCUGAUUAAAAACACCAAGGGGAACUCUCUAAAGGAGGAAUGGACUGCCUACAUCUGCAGGGAGAUUUUGAGGGGUCUUACUCAUCUUCACCAACACAAAGUGAUCCACAGAGAUAUUAAAGGGCAGAACGUCCUGCUGACAGAGAAUGCAGAGGUGAAGUUAGUUGACUUUGGUGUAAGUGCCCAGCUCGACAGGACAGUCGGUCGAAGAAACACGUUUAUCGGUACGCCAUAUUGGAUGGCCCCAGAAGUUAUUGCCUGUGAUGAAAAUCCGGAUGCUACUUAUGAUUUUAAGAGUGACCUGUGGUCUUUAGGAAUUACAGCCAUAGAGAUGGCAGAAGGUGCUCCACCACUCUGUGACAUGCAUCCCAUGCGAGCCUUAUUUCUUAUUCCAAGGAAUCCAGCACCGAGAUUGAAGUCAAAGAAGUGGUCCAAGAAAUUCCAGACGUUCAUUGAUAGCUGCCUGGUGAAGAACCAUGGCCAGAGGCCCAGCACUGAGCAGCUGCUGAAACACCCGUUCAUCCGGGACCAGACCAACGAGAGGCAGGUCCGCAUCCAGCUAAAGGAUCACAUUGACAGGACCAAGAAGAAACGGGGAGAGAAAGAUGAGACAGAGUAUGAGUACAGUGGGAGUGAAGAGGAGGAAGAGGAGAAUGAUAUGGGUGAGCCCAGCUCCCUGAUCAACAUCCCUGGCGAGUCAACACUGAGACGGGACUUCCUUCGCCUUCAGCUGGCCAAUAAGGAGCGCUCGGAGGCUCUGCGCAGACAGCAGCUGGAGCAGCAACAGAAUGAGGAGCACAAACGCCAGCUGCUGGCCGAGAGGCAGAAGCGCAUCGAGGAGCAGAAAGAGCAGAGACGGAGAUUAGAGGAGCAACAACGUCGAGAGCGCGAGAUGCGGAAACAGCAGGAGAGGGAGCGCCGGCGCUAUGAGGAGAUGGAGCAGAUGCGCAGAGAAGAGGAGAGGAGGCAGGCGGAGAGGGAGCAGGAGUACAUCAGGCGUCAGUUAGAGGAGGAGCAGAGGCAGUUAGAGAUCCUGCAGCAGCAGCUUCUGCAGGAGCAGGCUCUACUUCUGGAGUACAAGCGGAAGCAGAUGGAGGAGCAGCGGCAGGCGGAGCGCUUGCAGAGACAGCUGCAGCAGGAGAGAGCCUACCUGGUAUCCCUUCAGCAGCAGCAACAGCAGCAAGACCCGAAGAAGCCACUCUACCACUACAAGGACACAGUGAACCCCACUGACAAACCGGCUUGGGCCAAAGAGAUUCAACAGCAGUCUUUAAGUAUCUCUCCUCGCCUCCCAUCUAAGCAACAGCACUCAUCCAAUCAGCAAUGGACUCAGGAAUUCAUGUCUCCAUCAGCUUCCCAUAACCUUCCACAGCAUCCUUCUAGCCAAACUCCCUCCAUCAGAUCAGAGCAGAAUCAGCCACAGAAACAGAACCUUCCCAAAAUUCAAAUCACAGACCUGGGAAACCACCCGGACAAAGUGUCAAUAGCUGGACUCGAUCUAGCAGAACAGAUUCAAAAGCACUUCCAGGAACUGAAAGCUCAGAGAGCUGCUGGCAAGUAUGCUCUUUCUUCCAGAGGAUGCAGCCCAGUCAAUCCAGAGCCAGUGGAUGAUGUCCCUUCUGCUGGGUUUAAAGGAGUAAAGCAUUGUACACACUCUGCUGUGCAAAGCGUAGAGGUUGACAUUGAUAAAAAUGUUUCCUGGAAACAACAGUUUAAUGUGCCGCGCACUUCUGCAAGUCUCCAGGAUGAUGUGUGGGAUCUGGGAAUGAUUGGGUCGUGGAAGGUUGAUCUCACAGCUUCUGCCCCAGAAUGCUCUUUCAGAGAGAUGAAGGGCACAAGAGAAAGGCACUUCUAUUCAGAAGCUUCUAGAAAUUGCCCAAAUAUCUCCCAGUUAAUGGUGCCUGGUAGUAGAUGCUUUCUUUCCCCAAGAGGUGAAAUUGCCUGGUCCAACCCUGAGAUGAAUCUGUCAGCCUCCACCCCUGAAGACUCUUUUAGGCAGAUGAUGGCGCCUAGAGAAAGGCAUUCAUAUUCUGGCAGUGGUGAAAAUUAUCUAAAUAUUCCCAAGUUAAUGCCUCGCCGACCACUGACUGAGAAAUUAAUUCCGGCCACCAUAAAAUGGAUGAGCCUCUCACCCAGGGCAUCUCCCAAGGUUUCCCCAGAACAUUCCUCAAAUAGCUCCCCUGCUGGCUCCCCUUUUGGCUCUCAGUCACACCUGUCCCAGAGUAGCCCUGAGAGGUUUCCAAGAACCAGCCCUGUGUGGUUUCCCAUCCCCUCCUAUGGCAGUUCUUCUAGUAGUUCUGAUGUAUUCACCCCUCCAUCUGGUAACUUUACCCCUGUGUUCACCCCUUCGUCUAAUAGUUCUUCCCAUAGCCCCAUCCCCCAGUUGUUUCAACUCUUCCACAGGCCAAGACCAAAUCCCUAUGAAAAGCACAAAGGCGCGCUGACUACCAGUGCCACCAAGUGGAAGUUUCAUACCGGGGAGUUGCUGAAAGGAAUAUAUCCAAGUGUUAGCUUGCAUCAGGUUGAAGAACGUUCCAAGUUGAAUCGGCAGAGCUCUCCAGCAAUGCAGCACAAGGUGGCCAAUAGGAUUUCCGACCCCAGCCUGCCACCGCGGUCGGAGUCCUUCAGCAGCAGUGCCGUCCAGCCGGCCAGGACGCCGCCCAUCCACCGGCCAGUCGAGCCACAGAUGGCUCACUUGGUCCCUCUGAAAUCUCAUGGUUCCUCCAUGUCCGGCUCCCAGUCUCUACAUGACCAAUCUGCAAAGGGGGUCUCUGCCUUCCAGGAGGGCAUCGUCUCACACCGCACGGAGAUGCCUCGGCAGAACUCUGACCCCACCUCUGAGACCCCGCCCCUGCCCCCCCGCAUCAGCAGCAGCCGGGACGAGAUGUUCGACCGCAGCGCCUGGCUGAGGCAGGAGGAGGACCUCCCACCCAAGGUUCCCCAGAGAACAACUUCCAUAUCUCCUGCCCUGGUCAGGAAAAAUUCCCCUGGAAACGGAAGUGGUCUGGGCAGCCGAGCUGCAGCACAACUCAUCAGAGCCAGCAACCCUGACCUGCAGAAGUUGGAGUUGCCCCAGGAGACGGUGUUACAGAGAACCAGCAGUGGCAGCUCGUCCAGUUCCAGCAACCCCAGCUCUCAGGGGGACUCCCAGCCAGGCUCCAGCGAGAGGAACAGAGUCAGAGGAGCAAAUAAACCAGAAGGCUCUCCCAUAAUGACUCAGGACCCCUCAAAGGUGAAGCAGGAGGAAGGACGAGAGAUGACCAGACCCAGCCGGCCUGCUAGCUAUAAAAAAGCCAUAGAUGAGGAUCUGAGCGCUCUGGCCAAGGAAUUGCGGGAGCUGCGCAUUGACGAGACGAACCGACCACCCAUCAAAGUGACGGAUUACUCUUCCUCCAGCGAGGAGUCUGAGAGCAGCGAUGAAGAGGAGGAAGACCCAGACAAUGAGAUGCACGAUGGCACAGUGCCAGUCAGCGACAUUCCCCGGAUAAUGCCCAGUGGAGUGCCUGGCAAUGAUCCUUAUAGCCUGGGGGUGAUGGGAAGCCACGAGGGGUCUCAUGCAGACUCCUUCAGCAGCUCUUCUAGGGACGGCACCCUGGUGAUGAGAGAGACAUUGGGAGAUAGAAAGCAUUCUGGCCAUGCCGAUAGCAAUGGCUUUGCAGGCCACAUCAAUCUGCCUGAUCUGGUUCAGCAAAGCCACUCGCCUGCGGGCACACCCACCGAGGCACUGGGGCGGCUUUCGAGUCUGCAUGUGCAAGACCUGGAUUCGGAAUAUGGCUUUGGCAGUGGCUCCAAAGCCUCCUUCACUCCGUUUGUGGACCCUCGAGUAUAUCAGACAUCGCCCACCGAUGACGAUGACGAUGACACAUCAGCAGCAGCCAUGUUUGCCAACGAGCUGCUGCAACAGGAACAGGCCAAGCUGAACGAAGCCAGGAAGAUCUCAGUGGUGAACGUGAACCCGACGAACAUACGGCCGCACAGUGACACACCGGAGAUCCGCAAAUACAAGAAGCGCUUCAAUUCAGAGAUACUGUGCGCGGCUCUCUGGGGGGUGAACCUGCUGAUCGGCACUGAAAACGGGCUCAUGCUGUUGGACAGGAGCGGUCAAGGAAAGGUCUACAACCUGAUCAACAGGAGGCGCUUUCAGCAGAUGGAGGUCCUGGAGGGGCUUAAUGUCCUUGUGACAAUAUCUGGGAAGAAAAAUAAGCUGCGAGUGUACUACCUGUCAUGGCUGAGGAACAGGGUGUUGCACAAUGAUCCGGAAGUCGAAAAGAAACAGGGCUGGAUCACGGUUGGGGAGCUGGAGGGCUGUGUGCAUUACAAAGUUGUGAAAUAUGAAAGAAUCAAGUUUCUGGUUAUCGCUUUGAAGAACUCUGUGGAGAUAUAUGCUUGGGCUCCAAAACCCUAUCACAAGUUCAUGGCCUUCAAGUCUUUUACAGAUCUACAGUACAAGCCCCAACUUGUUGACUUAACUGUCGAAGAAGGUCAGAGGUUAAAGGUUAUCUAUGGGUCCAGCGUGGGUUUUCAUGUGAUUGAUGUGGAUUCAGGGAAUCCCUAUGAUAUCUACAUCCCGUCCCAUAUUCAGAGCAAUAUCACCCCACAUGCCAUUGUGAUCCUCCCCAAGACUGACGGAAUGGAGAUGCUUCUGUGUUAUGAAGAUGAGGGGGUCUAUGUGAACACAUACGGCAGAAUCACAAAAGACGUGGUGCUUCAAUGGGGAGAGAUGCCCACCUCUGUUGCCUACAUCCACUCCAAUCAGAUCAUGGGCUGGGGAGAGAAGGCCAUUGAGAUCCGAUCAGUGGAGACGGGACACCUCGAUGGAGUUUUCAUGCACAAGCGAGCUCAGCGAUUAAAAUUCCUCAGUGAGAGAAACGAUAAGGUUUUCUUUGCCUCUGUUCGAUCUGGUGGCAGCAGCCAGGUCUUCUUCAUGACCCUCAAUAGAAACUCUAUGAUGAACUGGUAACACACACGUAUGAAAGCGACUGAUGGAUUACAUUUGUAGACCUACGGUACACUUUAAAGAAAAAACUAAAAAAAAAAAAAAAAAAAAAAAGACCACCUUAAAUGUGGAUUUAUAAGUCUAAAGGGUGUUUGAACGCCCGGAUAUGACGCUUCCCUAUUGUUGUUGCACAACCUUCAAGCCAGUAUUGCCUGGACCGCUUGACAAGAUGGAACAACAGAUGUACAAACAGGUUCAAUCUGUGGAGGCUGAAUGAAAGAUGUGCCUCUGUGGAUAUGGACACUGGAAGGCCUUUCUUUGGAGGCCUCUCACAAUCAUUUGGGAUUUAUUUAUUUUUUGCUUUGUUUUUUCUUUUUGUGAAAACCGGGAAAGAGUUUUGGCUUGGGGGGUGGGCGGGGCUCUUAUCUGGAAUUGGGGGAACAUGAAAUUGAUCUGCCUGCUGGUAGUCUUGCGUAUAUAGGUGAUGUACAAACGGGUGUUAGGAGGAUUUAAAAUAAAUAAAUAAAAUAGCAGGGGAGCACAAUUAUACAUCAAAAGCUGAUGUUUAAUGCUGGGUCUAGUUUCAAUUCUUUAACACCCACUCUCUUAAAGGCAGUUGGGUAAGACUAGUUUGUUUUAGGGGGGUAGUUUUCCAUGGCUAAACGACCAACUGUCUUUAGACUAUCAAUCUAGAUGAGGUCCUAAUUUUGAUAUAAGUGAUGCAGCUUACUGGCUUGCUGAGGUCGAGUGGUGUCGUUUGCACAUAACUACCAGGAUGAGGCAUGGGCACAAGCAUAUUAAAUGUUGACCCACAAGAAAAUUGACAAACUCUAAAAGCCAUUGAAAACUAGAAACUAAAAAAGUAGGCACCCACAAGACUGAUGACUCCCUGUUGGCAAGGCUUUCAGAGAAUCAGACUUUUUUCAUUUUGUUUUCCUUUAAAUAUCAAGUCUUGCCAGCAAAGAGAUGGCCGUAAUGUAAUUUGGUAAUAACAUCUUCUCAUCCUCGCAGGUGUUUCAAUGCACAGCUCGAGGGAAUGCUUGUAUCAGGGAACAGUCUACAAUUAACUGGCACCAUUUUAUUUUGGAAGGGGGUGGUUUGGUGCUAUUUACUGCUGUUUAACUAUUGAAAUUCCCAAGAUAAGCUUAUAUACAAUUAACCCAUAUUGUUACAUUUCUAUGGAUCUGUAAAAUGCUUGUUCUUAGUUCAGGUAGACAUUACGAAUUCCUGUUACUAAUGGUUACGGUUUUUUAAAAAAUUCUAACAAUGGUCUCCGAGAAAUGUUAGCGGCUUUUCUUUUUUUCUUUUUACUUUUAAAAGUAGCUGCAAGCAUGGCUGCCUGUGGUUUUUAUGGUGUUGUCGCAGAAAAUAAGUUCUGUGUUGCGCUUCCUCUUUCUAACCUACCUCGUUUUGUUUUCUUUUUACAGGUUUCUUUUUUAUUAUUCCUGCAGUGUGUGUGUGUGUUUGUUUUUGACAUUAAAGAGCACAAGAGUAGCAAUGGCUUCUUACGUCAAACUGGUCACUGGUUAGGGUAAAAUCAGAAAUGUAGGCCAUUGUUCGGCUUGGGAAUGUGUUUUUUUUUAAAUGAAUUAAUUCAGUAUUCUAUCUGCUUUGAAUGCAGUUCUUACCAUUCUGUCCUUAAAGUAUAUGGCAAAAUAUUCUUACAGAAGAAAGGAACAUUACAUUUACCUUUUUUUUUUUUUUUUUUUUUUUUUGUGGUGUUCUGUCCAAUAUUGAGCUUCAUUCAUUUUUUCUAUAUGUCAACUAUACAGAGUUGAGCGGUCAAAGCAUUCCACACUUUCAGAAAUGAGAAAAUGAAUGUUAAUGGGCAGUUUGUUGGCAUUCGACAGCAUACAUAACUGACUAUGGGGGGGGUGCAGCACAGGUAAAAACCCCUAUUGAAAUUGUAUUUGAAGCUGUACAGUUGAAACAGGAAAUUAACAGUUUUAGAAUGAUGCAUUGGGGGGUACCAAAGCUAACUAUAUGUAUUUUAAAAGUCAAAGGAGGUUUAUGUACAUCUUAUCAGAACCAGGUUCAGAGUUUGUUGCCUCAGAGUUGCUUCCAUGGAUUAGGCCAGACCAUUGCUUCUCUUAACCUUUUACUUUUGGCUGCUUUGUUUGUAAGCUUAAUGUUUUGUUCACUUAAGUUGCUAACUGAUGUGUUUUUUUGGUGUGUUUUUUUUAAUGAGUAUUAUUGUAGGUAUUUGAUACAGUAAAUCAGUAAAAUGGGGGUAUGUUGGAACUAGGGUGGCUGUAAUUGUGCACUGCCUUUGUUAAUUGGGGACAGCAUCUUUUUCUUGUAUUCUUCUUUUUUUAGGUUUUUUUUUUUUUUUUUUUUUUUUUUUUUUUUUUUUUUUUUUUUAAGGUCUCUGACAUUUUACUUGACUUAAUAUUUAGAAGACCACAAAUUGGUGCAGGUGCCAGUGAGACAAAAAUAAAUUCCCCAAAACUGUACGCAUAUCUUUUCUACAUAGUUUAGUGUUAAAGUACGUUGUACAGUAGAAAUGUAGCUUGUAAUGUCAACUGCUGCCAGCCUAGCCGUUUUAUGAAUACGUUUACAUGGAUUUCAUCAAUAGACACUCCUAUAUGAUGAAAGUUUUACUUGGUACUUAAUAUUCCUGUUUCAAAUCUUGAAAAUUAAUUGGGGGAGGGGGGGGGGGCAUGAAGCUUAUUUGUGUAACUAUACAAUCUAUGUAAAAGUUCUGUACAAAAAACUCAUCCUUUUUUCAGGUGUUCCUUUUUAAAGCUUGAAAUGAUAUCUUCCAUAACAGCUGUUUAUCAACAUCAGAAGAAUCCCAGUGACCCUGACCGGGAGACCACAGCACACGUGAAUAUAUUAUCAGUCCUGUGGACUUCUUUCCAAGCAAUGCCUUCCACAUGUAACUGAGCAUAGUUAUCUCAUGGGGAAGGUGGAACGGGGGCUGCACUAUAAAUGCAAAAUUAUUCACGUCACAUUUUUAAUUUUUUUUUAAUUUUAUGAAACACCUAAACUAAGAAAAGAUAGACCACCUAUGAAAGUAUGGAAUCUAUUUUAAUAAAAUGCAUUUGGACAUCAUAGAAUCCCGAAACCAUAAUGAGAUUCGGUUAUCCAUAAUCCAGUAGGGAAAAUAUAUGGAGACCUAUUCUGUUUUGACAGAGACUGCUUGGUUUGGCACUGCUAAUGGUUGCACUGUGACUUGCUUUAUCUGCAACGAUUCAGACCACAUCACAUGGUUCUCGACCUUGGGCUACCCUGUAUUUCCUUUCACACAAUCCUUCUAUUCACAACUAGCACUGUCGAUGUUUCGAAGACCAAUUCAUUUUUUUUUUUUUUUAAUUCUCAUGUUUCCCUUAUUGUGAUACUGUGGUGGGGGGGGACAUUAAUUACAGUAGUUUUGCCGCUGGUUUUAAUGUGUCAACAAGUUUGCACAUUUUAAUAAUUUCUAUUUAAAAAUAAGGAAUAAUACAAAAAACAAUUCCUGGGUGUAUUCUGUGAAACAGGGUUUUAGCAAUAAACUGUACUACUGAAUUAUUUGAUUUGAAAUGUUAUCUCUCUUUUGUUGUCUUUUCAUUUUUUUUUGAUUUGUUGAAGUUAGAGUGACUUUAACAAAUCUAUGCAAUUAAUAAUAUACCGUUUUUUGGAUUAGAAUAGGUUUUUUUAAUUGCUUUAUUUAGUCUUAACCCCCCUCUUUAGCAUUUGAGGUUCUGCCUCGGUUAUGUCUGCCUAAUAUAGGAAGCAUUAGUCAUGUCCUGUUUUUUUAAAUAAAAAUGUUAAGAAAAUGA